CCGUUUUCGAAAGUCAUUAAUUUUAAAUGUUUAUUCUAAUGUAGUUGCACUAUUGGUUUUUAUGUUUUAAUUUGUUUUUCCAUACCGUUUUGUUUUGAAAAUGUUUAAAGCAAAAAAGUGUCCACAUGAGGAGGGCGAAUCGAGUCAAGAAAAACCUUCCGCAUUUGUAGAAGAAGGGGACCUUCAUAUAACCUACGAUAUUGUACCUGCAUAUAGCAGUACUUUAAGGCAAUACCGAAUGAAAAAUGCACUUUCUUUGAAAUACAACAAGGAGUUCGAAGCCCGUUGGCAUGAUUUUUUAAAGAACACCCCAACCGUUCCGUUAAGGUUGAAGCGGGCUAUGAGCAGAGAUGAACAAAUUCAAAAAGAGGACAUGAAACCGAGGAAAAAGCAAAAAGUUGACAUAGUUCCUUUUGAAGCGCAUUUUAGGUAGCUGUAGAGGAAAUAUGACAACAGAUCCGUUGGAUAAUUCUAGAUGGUCUAGUUCUAAGAUGUUUGCUGUUCCUGGUAUUGGAAUAUCAUCUAGAUUAAAAGUUGCAGGCUUGCAGCGUUAAAAUUAAUUGAGUAGUAAUGGAAAGUGGUUUGAGAAUAAACAAUGACGUUGAACAAAUGGAUGG